AUGGGUGCCCUCAAGUACGUGGAAGAGAUCCAGAAGAAGAAGCAGUCCGACGUGAUUCGCUUCCUGCUGCGUGUCCGUUGCUGGGAGCUUCGUCAACUGAACGUCAUCCACCGUGCUUCGCGUCCUUCUCGCCCCGACAAGGCUCGCCGUCUCGGCUACAAGGCCAAGCAGGGCUAUGUUGUCUACCGCAUCCGCGUGAGACGCGGUGGCCGCAAGAGGCCCGCUCCCAAGGGUGCCACCUACGGCAAGCCCACCAACCAGGGUAUCAACCAGCUUAAGUACCAGCGCGCUCUCCGUGCUACCGCUGAGGAGCGUGUUGGCCGCCGUUGCGCCAACUUGCGUGUCCUGAACUCCUACUGGAUCAACCAGGACUCCACCUACAAGUACUUCGAGGUCAUCCUCGUUGACCCCCAGCACAAGGCCAUCCGUCGUGAUGCCCGCAUCAACUGGAUCUGCAACCCUGUCCACAAGCACCGCGAGUCUCGUGGCCUCACCUCCACUGGCAAGAAGUCCCGUGGUAUCAACAAGGGUCACCGCUACAACAACACCAAGUCUGGCCGUCGCCACACCUGGAAGCGUCAGAACACCCAGAGCUACUGGAGAUACCGUUAA